AUGCACACCUUCAAGACCGCUGGAAUGGCCACCCUGGCCGCCAUCUCCCUCGUGCAAUUCUGCCCUGCACCCCCCGCCAUCAUCGCCACCGUUGCUGGCGGUGUCCUCGGUGGAGGCAUCUCCGGCGGCAUCGGCGUUGCAGCCAGCAAGUCCAGCCGCGACAUGUUCUCUCGCGGUCUUCCCGCGGGGGUCUCCCAGGAGUCGGUCGACCAGUGCACCCAGCAGAUCAACGCGCAGAAGGAUCCUGUGCAUGUGUAUGAUACUGGUGAUGACUCCGCCCGCGCGGAUAACGUUCCCGCUGCUUGUAUGAAUCUGGCUACGGUUCUUUUGAAAGAGCCCGCUCAGGCUGGUGGCCCUGUUCCCACUACUAUGGGUAGUUCGAGUCUUGAAUACCACGGUUUGAGUGCGCAGGAUAAGAAGGAUUUGCAGCAGGCUUUGUCUGGUUAG